AUGGCUACUCUAAUUGCUGCAAAAGAUUCUUCUCCUGUUGAAGAUGCUGAAAUUAUCAAGAGGGCAUGCAAAGGAUUGGGAACAGAUGAGACAGCUCUUAUAUCCAUACUAGCACAUCGAAAUGUAGCUCAAAGGAAACUUGUGAGGCUGGCUUAUGAAGACAUUUAUCAUGAGGAUCUUAUCCAACAACUCAAAUCUGAACUUUCAGGAAGCUUUGAAAGUGCUAUUAGCUAUUGGACGAUGGAUCCAGCUGAAAGAGAUGCUACAUUUAUUAACGAAGCAUUAAAGAAAGCAACCCCAGAUUACAAAGUGAUUAUUGAGAUUGCUUGCACUAGAACUUCAGAAGAGCUUCUAUCUGUAAAGCGUUCAUACCAGUUUCUAUACAAACAUUGCCUUGAAGAAGAUGUGGCCUCCCAAACAAAUGGUGAUAUUCGCAAAUUGUUGGUUGCUGUUAUAAGCAUCUAUAGGUAUGAGGGAGAUGAAUUUGAUGAGAGUAUGGCCCAUUCAGAAGCAAAUAUUCUUAAUCAAGUAAUUGAAAAGAAGGCUUUUAACGAUGAUGAAAUUAUUAGAAUUUUAAGCACAAGAAGUAAGCAGCAGCUGCGAGGGACUUUCAAUGCCUUUCGGAACAUAUAUGGCUCAACAAUUACCAAGGGAUUAUUUGCCAAUCCAAUUGAUGAAUACAUAGGAGCACUGCGCACUGCCAUUCGUUGCAUUAAGAACCCCCAAAGAUACUUGGCCAAGGUGUUAUGGCACGCCUUGAGUGAUGUGGUGACUGAAGAGCAUGCUUUGAGCCGCGUUAUCAUCACUCGAGCAGAGAAGGAUUUAAACGAAAUCAAGGAACUUUAUUUCAAGAGAAACAGUGUCACCCUUGAUAAUUCCGUGGCUAGAGAGAUAACAGGAUAUUACAAGACUUUUCUUCUUGCAUUGUUAGGAAACAAUUGA